AAGAUAGACUGUUGCUCUUCUUCUGGAAAAGCCUGAUUGGUAGGAUUCCUCUAAACGCUCAGCCCCAAGUGCUUUAUGCCAUCCCCUCACUAACUUCAAAACUGCAGCUUGCCGAGAAACACCGGAGAAAAACCUGCUGGGUUCCAUCAUUUCAUACAAAUGGCCAGUUCUGGAGGUGGUGCUGUUUGCAACGGAAAACUACCCAAUCACAAGAAGCAAAGUGACAACUCACAGAAUGGAAACUGUACAAAGAAUGGGAUAGCGAAAGAAGCCCAGCAAAAUGGAAAGCCACAUCUUUAUGAUAAGCCAAUUAUUGAAUCCUUUGAGGAAGCACCUCUUCACAUUAUGGUUUUCACUUAUAUGGGAUAUGGAAUUGGAACGCUGUUUGGCUAUCUCAGAGACUUUUUGAGAAACUGGGGAAUAGAAAAAUGCAAUGCAGCUGUAGAGCGAGAAGAACAAAAAGACUUCGUGCCGCUAUAUCAAAACUUUGAGAAUUUUUACACACGGAACCUUUACAUGAGAAUCAGAGACAACUGGAACAGGCCCAUUUGCAGUGCCCCAGGGCCUCUGUUCGACCUGAUGGAGAGGGUGUCGGAUGACUACAACUGGACAUUUAGGUUCACUGGAAGAAUCAUCAAAGAUGUCAUCAAUAUGGGCUCCUAUAACUUCCUUGGCCUGGCAGCCAGGUACGACGAAUCUAUGAGGACAGUGAAGGAUGUUUUAGAGGCGUAUGGUGUAGGUGUGGCCAGUACCAGACAUGAAAUGGGAACCUUGAAUAAGCAUAAAGAGUUGGAGGACCUUGUGGCUAAGUUCCUGAAUGUAGAAGCAGCCAUUGUCUUUGGGAUGGGAUUUGCAACUAACUCAAUGAAUAUUCCUGCACUAGUUGGAAAGGGAUGUCUCAUUUUAAGUGAUGAGUUAAACCAUGCAUCUCUUGUGCUUGGGGCCAGACUCUCAGGUGCAACCAUAAGGAUCUUCAAACACAACAACAUGCAAAGCCUAGAGAAGCUCCUGAGAGAUGCUGUAAUCUACGGCCAGCCUCGAACCCACAGAGCUUGGAAAAAGAUUCUCAUCCUGGUGGAGGGCGUCUACAGCAUGGAAGGUUCCAUUGUGCACCUGCCCCAGAUCGUGGCUCUAAAGAAGAAAUACAAGGCUUACCUCUACAUAGAUGAAGCUCACAGUAUUGGGUCUGUGGGACCAACUGGCCGAGGUGUAGUGGAAUUCUUUGGAAUGGACCCUGCAGAUGUUGAUGUGCUUAUGGGCACAUUCACCAAAAGCUUUGGAGCCUCAGGAGGUUACAUAGCUGGAAGGAAGGACCUUGUGGAUUAUUUACGGGUUCACUCACAUAGUGCUGUUUAUGCUACAUCCAUGAGUCCCCCAAUAGCAGAGCAAAUCAUCAGAUCGAUGAAAUUCAUCAUGGGACUGGAUGGGACCUCACAAGGAUUAAAGAGAGUACAGCAACUUGCAAAAAACACAAGAUACUUCAGACAGAGACUGAACAAAAUGGGAUUCAUUAUCUAUGGCAAUGAGGAAUCUCCUGUUGUUCCCCUGCUCCUUUACCUACCUGCUAAAGUAGCGGCUUUUGCAAGGCAUCUACUAAACAGAAAAAUUGGGGUGGUGGUCGUUGGAUUUCCAGCUACACCCUUAGCAGAAGCUAGGGCUCGGUUCUGUGUUUCAGCAGCACAUACACGAGAGAUGUUAGACACGGUGUUGGAAGCCCUGGAUGAGAUGGGUGAUCUCCUGCAGCUGAAAUAUUCCCGGAACAGGAAGUCAGCCCGCCCUGAACUCUACGAUGAGACAAGCUUUGAACUCGACGAUUAGGCUUCCUGGUCUGACUGGAAUCUAAAG